CUAAUAUAAUAAUUGUACUACAGUACCUAAAAUCAUCAUUCGGGCUCAAUUCCGGGCCAAAAUCCGGUGAAGAAAUUAAUUAAAAAAAAAUACAUCAAAUUACAGCUUCGAUUAUUUCCUCGAACGACGUCUCCUUCACCGAUCGACGACUCGCUCUCGCCGGUGGUUUUUGAAGUAUUUCCUCUCGAUAUUUCAGAUAGUAGGUUCAGAAGCUUACUGGUUUUGAAUCUGAGGGGAUAAGUUCAUUGACUGCCAAGAGUUUCUGCUGGUUCUCGUUUGAUCACGGAGGUCUGUCGUACUGUUGUCACAUUCAAAAUCUUAAGCCGUGGUUUGAUGCGUGUAGAUUGUAAUAAUUCAGCAUUGCCAUGCACAAUUCUGUUAACUGGUUUUUUAACACAGAUAGUGUGUGGACACUGAUGCCAUGUCAGCAUCUAGCAAAUUUGAUCUUUCUUCUGGUAGCCCAGAUAGGCCAUUAUAUACAUCUGGGCCUCGUGGAUCCUACAGUGCCUCUUCACUGGACAGAUCAGGUAGCUUCAGAGAAAAUAUAGAGAACCCGCUUUUAUCAAGUCUGCCAAACAUGACAAGGAACGGUUCAUCUGUAACUCAUGGAGAUGUGCUGAACUUCUUCCAAUGUGUGCGUAUUGAUCCAAAGUCUAUGGUUGUAGAACAUAAGUUGAACCGGCCAGCAGAAUUCAAGCGGCUUGCAAGUGCUGCUGUUGGCAUUCCACUGGAAGAUUCUAUGCCUCCAUCAUCAAAAAGCAAACAGCUGUCUUCUCCAUCACUGGAGGAUCUCCGACGACUCAAAUCUGGUGUGCGGGAAAGUGGUACUAAAGCUAGGGAACGUGUGAAGAUAUUCAAUGACUGUUUAUCAGUAAUUAACAAGUGUUUCCCGACUAUCCCGUCGAGGAAGAGGUCGCGACUUGAUGCCUUGUCUAAUGACCGAUCUAACACAAUGUUGUCAAUUGAUCGUUCCGCUUCUGGAAUGGGCAUUGGAAAAAUGGGACCACAGAAUCAUGCCAGUACGAGUGGUUUUGAACCGGAGCAACAAAAAUCUGAAGAAAGGACCAAGAGUACCAUUCCAAGCAAGCGUACUCGAACUUCUAUGGUUGAUGCUAGGACGGAUAUACGUGCAAAUAACCCUGCAAGACCAUCUGGCAGUGUGGAUAAGGACAGGGAUGUAGUAAGACUCUCUAAUAAUGGUGCAGUCCAGGGUGAGGAUCGAACACUAUCAGUUGCAGUUGAUGGUUGGGAGAAUUCAAAAAUGAAGAAAAAACGUACAGGUAUAAAGCUAGAUGUUGCUGCUAGUUUAAUGGCAACAAAACCAGUUGAUGGUUAUAGGGAAUCUAAACAAGGAAUGCAUCCGCGCCUUCCGAAUGAAGCCCGUUCAAGGUUGACUGAUCUACAUGGCUUCAGAUCUGGCAAUGCUAAUGGAGGUCUGGGAGUAGGAAAAGGUGAAGCCAACCCGCAGACCAGCUCAGGCAUGCGCUCAUCUGUAUCUAGGACCGAUUCUGAUAACAGUUCCCUUCUCCAUGAGAGGAGAGAGCGUCCAAGUGGUCAAGAGAAAGAAAGGUUGAAUCUGAAAGCAACAAACAAUGGAAAUUCACGGGAAGAUUUCAGUUCAGGCAGCCCAACUUCAGGCACAAAGUUCAAUGCAAAUGUUCGUGGCCCACGGUCAGGUUCAGUUGGUGGUGUGUCCAAGUUGUCUCAAGUGGUGCAACGGUCUGCAUCCUCUAAUGACUGGGAACUGCCAAAUUGUACAAACAAAGUUCCUGGUGGCCUUGGUGCUAACAGUCGUAAACGGACACCUUCUACUCGCUCUUCAUCUCCUGUUACCAAUUGGGUUCAGAGACCACAAAAGUUCUCCCGAACUGCAAGAAGAACUAAUUUAUUACCCAUUGGUCCUGGCAAGGACGAGAACCCAGUUGCGGAUGUUACAUCUGAUAUGAUGGUAAAUGAAAGACGCUUUCCUGCCCAUUCCCCUCAACAAGUCAAAAUAAAAGGUGACAAUUUCUCCCCAGCUGCAUUAUCUGAAACUGAGGAAUCAGGUGCUGCUGAAAUCAAGUUGAGAGACAAGAAUAAGAAGUGUGAUGAGAUAGAUGAAAAAAGUGCUCAGGUCCAGAAAAUGUCAACCCUCCUGCUACCACCAAGAAAAAAUAAGACAGUGAAUGGGGAUGAUCAGGGAGAUGGUGUUAGGAGACAAGGCAGAACCAGUCGAGGAUUUACUUCCUCUAGGUCCGUCUUGCCUAUCUCAGUGGAAAAGCUGGGAACAACUAAACAAAUUAGAAGUUCCAGGCUCAGUCUUGACAAGACAGAAAGAGGAGGUCGGCCACCUACGAGAAAGCUCUCUGAUAGGAAGGCUUAUACACGACAAAAGCAUAUUGCGAUCAAUACAGCAGCAGAUUUUCUUGUUGGCUCUGAUGAUGGUCAUGAAGAGCUCUUGGCUGCCGCAAGUGCUGUUACGAACACCGCUCAAGCCCUCUCUAGCCCACUCUGGAAGAAGAUGGAGCUUCUAUUUCGUUUUAUAGCUGAUGUGGACAUAUCCUAUUUGAAAGACCAGGUUAAUCCUGGUGUAGCUGCGGAGACACUGGCUCCAGUGCCUCUUGAUGCAGGUAGUUGCACUUUGAUACACAAUGGCUGUGUGUCAAAUGAACCGGGAAGUGAGGAAAAUGAAGCGAGAAGUUUGGAACAUAGCCCAGAUCGUUUAGCAAAGACACCAAAUGAGAUUUCCUUGUAUCAGAGACUCAUUGCAGCUUUAAUUCCUGAAGAAGGAACUCAGGUUCUUUUCGGUAGUGGAAAAGAGGACCUCAAAUACGAUGUGCAUGGAUCUCGAUUUGAGAUGGAAAAAGAUAUAGAAUCAGAUAUUUUCUGCUCUCAGAUAUCACCGACUUGCAACCCUUCUGGAUACCCUUCUUCUAAUGGUUAUGGUGUAAAUUCUAAUGGACGAUCAUAUUAUGAGAUGGAGCACCAUAUCGUGUCCAUUCCAGACCCGGGCUACGAUGAUUUACAAAAUGGUUUACUUGCAGAUAGACUCAUACCUGGCACAGUAUUUUCUGAGUAUGAGUACCAAAAUUUGUCAAUAAGUGAAAGACUUAUCUUGGAGGUUCACAGUAUAGGGAUCUACCCAGAUUUAGUGUCUGAUUUGGCACAGAAUGGAGAUGAAGAAAUAAGUGGAAAAAUAAAUAGGUUGGACGAGAAGUACCAUGAAGAGGUUUCAAGGAAGAAAAGCUUGCUCAGCAAACUUCUAACUUCUGCUUCUGAGGCUAAAGAGCUCCAGAUAAAGGAGUUUGAAGUGCGCGCUCUUGACAAACUUGUGGGAAUGGCCUAUGAAAAAUACAUGAGUUGCUGGGGUCCAUUCGCUCAUGGGAUGAAGAGUGCCAGUGGUAAAAUGGCCAAACAAGCUGCCUUAGCUUUUGUUAAGCGUGUAUUGGAGCGAUACCAGGAAUUUGAGGUAACAGGGAGGAGCUGCUUUGGCGAUCCUUUGUACAGGGACAUGUUCCUUUCUGGUGUAUCGCGCCUCUUUGAUGGUCAGCCUUUAAAUUCCAGCUCUGAUAAUGAAUCUGGAAAACUUCAGCAUGGCACACCUGGAUGCUCAGUGGAAGUUAGAACUUCAGCUCCUGCAGGCAUACAACAAAGCCCUACCUCAACCAAUCAGGAUACCUAUUCUUCUGAAGCAUUGCUAUCGGCAAAUCUGGAUUCUGGACAAAAUAGUGGUAGAGAAGACAGCUGGUCAAUGAGAGUGAAAAGGAGGGAAUUAUUACUUGAUGAUGUAGGUGGUACAAUCAGCAGAGCUCCAGGUGUCCCAUCAGGAAUUGGUGGUUCUCUUUCAUGCAGUGCCAAAGGAAAAAGAAGUGAGAGGGACAGAGAUGGAAAGGGAAACAGCAGAGAGGUCUUGUCCAGAAGUGGAACUACUAAAAUUAGCCGCCCUGGACCAACCUCUGUCAAAGGGGAGAGAAAGUCUAAGGCAAAACCUAAGCAGAAAAUCACUCAUUUAUCUACUUCAGACAAUGGUCCUGUAGGAAAGAUACCAGAACAACCAAAAGGAAUGUUCUCAUCAACAGUGAAGUCUAGUGAGAUUAGUGGAAGUGACAGUGGCAAGGAUAAAAAUGAGUAUGACAUUGACAUGUUGGAGGAACCAAUAGAUUUAUCGGGCCUGCAACUCCCUGAAAUGGAUGAUUUAGGUGUUGCUGAUGAUCUUGCUGGUCAAGGAGAGGACUUAGGGUCAUGGUUGAAUAUUGAGGAUGAUGGAUUACAAGAUCAUGACUAUAUGGGUCUUGAAAUCCCUAUGGAUGACCUGGCAGACUUAAAUAUGAUGGUUUGAGUCUGAGAACGAUGUAUAUUCCUGUGCCUUAUAAAAUCACAAAAAGGGGAAUUAUUUAAAAAAAAAAAAGAAAGAAAGAAGAGUGAGAAAAAGAAAACAAACUGUUGUCGUGAAUUUACUUGUCACGUGCCAAACCAUAAUUAGUCUAUGUAUCCGUUAGGUUAAGCUAUGUACAAGUUGGUUCCAAGUGAACCUUUUACUACUAUGGAUUUUAUUCGUACUGUAGAUGUCGACAGUUGACUGUAAAGAUCUUUUUGUUUGACGUAUAAGCCCAUAUCUUAGCGAUAAGGUCUUAGCACACUGUAUUUUGGUUGUAGCGAACACUGUAUUUUGGUUGUAGCAAUUAUAGAUCAGGGACAUGUCCCUUGUACAUAAAUUUUAUAUUUCAAUAAGAUCAUGCUUUUGCCAA